AUGGAGAGAUUCAGGGUGUCACAACUGGAACAAGUUUUUAUUCGAGGCAGCAAAGUGAGAUUCAUGAUAAUUCCUGAUAUGCUUAAGAAUGCUCCCAUGUUCAAGCGUUUAGAAGCCAGAACUAGGUACUUAUUUGGCAAAGGCACAUCACUUGGUGUUAGACGUGGACGUGCGAUGGCCAUGCAAGCCAAAGCACAGGCUGCUGGUCGUGGAGCAGCACCUGGUCUAGGUGUUGUGCCACCAGUAAGAAGAUAA